AUGCUGAAUGCAUUUGAAGAGAGUUUAUUGGAUGACAUCACCACGGGCGAUGUGGUCGAGGAUGAAGACUGGGAUGAAGAGGAGAAAGGGAAUUUCAAGAAGAAACAUGCCAAGAUAAAGAUUUUGAUUCAGGGUUCACUGUCCAUGAGGCUUGCCAAGCAAUUGAUGUCCAUAUCGACAGGCACGGAAAUGUGGAGAGAGCUAGUAUCGAUCUACGAGGGCAAACCAAUCCUGCCAUGA